AUGCCUGGUCUCACACCUUACCCGCCUUUCCCUCAGGACGUCUCCACCAGCCCCCUCUUCGUGAUUGACUAUGAGCUUAUCAAAGCUGGAGAUGCGGACGAGAUCGAGAGGCUCUGGAAGGCUGCGACGGAGAUGGGGUUUUGGCACCUCACGAACCACGAGGAAGAGGAAGGGAUGUUUGCUAUGGGUGAGGAGGCGACCGCUCUUACCCUCGAAAGAAGCUGCUUCUUGGGCAGGGAGACCACGGCGUUUCGUUUGGGUACGUUCUCUCGAAUCUCUCGCAUUUACACUCUCCACCAACCUCCGCAUCGGCACAGCUACAAGGCCGCCGGCGUGCUGUUCACCGACAACAAAGGCACGCGCGACGUCACCGAGUUUGUCAACAUCUCCAGGAACGACGCGCUCGCCUGGCUGGCCGUUGCCCGCGGCAGGUACCCCUCCUCCGCCAACGCGUGGAUGGAGUCCACCAUCACGCCAUUCGUGAAGAACUUGUCGCUCGCGAUCGACAACCGCCUCAUCGGCGUCCUCAACGACAAGCUCAGGCCUUGCGGGCACGCUCAUAAGGCCGAGGAAGCGCCGCCGUGUGCUGGGCCGAACUUUGAGUCCAUGUCGUUCCUCCACAAUCGCCUCGGGGGCUUGCAGGUGCUCCCGCCCGGGUCUGACCAGUGGUUCUACAUCAAGCCCCUGUCCGGACACGCAACCUGCAACAUCGGCGACGCCCUCAACAUCUUCUCCGGCGGCAUCCUGCGCUUCAACAUCCAUCGCGUCGUGCCCAGUACGAACGCCACUCUGUCGUCUUCUUCACCCCCGAACGACAUCGUCGAGCUACGCACGCUGUCCGAGCAGAACGAGCGCAUCGCCGCGGCGGUCGCCAAUGCGCCGCUGGGGAAGUACACCCCCAGCGUGAUGGCGAUGGAGUGGCUGGUGAGGAGGGUCAAGGCAGCGGGUGACAAACUGCAAGAUAGCUGGACGGAUAGGCAGGGUACUGAGGACACGGCGAUUCCGAGCCAGGGGAAGAUCUGA